CAUGUGUGUGCGCGCGUGUAUGUGGACGAGGCAGCCCGCACUUGACUGUGUUGACGCGGCGAUGCUCUUGCGCGUAAAAGCUUUUGCAGCGCUCUCUAAGCAGCUACGGACAGAUUUUGCCUCGGAUGAGCGAUUAGGAGGAGGAGGAGGAAGAAGAGCGACCACUGACCACAGAAACCCCCCCGCUUUAUUUGGUUAUUUGGGGACCAUCGCGCCUGCUCGGUUGGCCGCGGCCCGUGGAUCGUCAGAAGGAAGCCGCGGCCUGGAUUUGAGACGUCGCGGGGACGCGCCGAGAGCUCGGUGAUGAAAGGAGGAAGAGGAGGACCGAGGCGGAGUGAUCCCAUCCUGGCCCAGGACAGGUUUUAAUUAGACCAUCGCAAAAGCAGUGACGUCUGUGGUCAGGAGGUGAUGGCAGUGCGGACUGAGCUUCACCAACACUACUACCCAUUUCUACAGAUGGACACUCCCCCGCUGGACGCCUGAGCCCGCACGGAGCGCUGCUCCCCCCUCCCCCGCCCCCUCUCCCUCUGCCUCACCUUGCUCCCCCCCCAUCCUCCUCCAGCUGCUCCCUGCCCCAUCUCUCGUUCCACUCUUACCAUCUUACUUUAUCAUGGCGUGCUACGGACGCUCUCUGGAUUCCCCGUGCACGCUCGCCUUGCUGGUGGGCUUCCAGUUUGCCUUUGUUCUCUAUUUCUCCCUUGGGGGCUUCCGAGGCCUGGUGUCUGUCCUGGUGCACACCACAGGGCCAGAGUUUGAUUAUUCCCGACCUCACGACGUCUAUACCAACCUCAGCCACUUGGGAGUACCGCCUCCUCCGCCCCGCAACUCUGGCACUGGACCCCCUGCAACAGGACCCCCGCUGAGAGACUGCCGGAUCCCUUCCCCGCUGCUGGUUGGACCCGUGUCCGUCCACCUUUCCUCUCCUCUGUCCAUGGAGGAGAUCAUACUGAGGAAUCCGUUGGUGAUGCCCGGCGGACACUACCGCCCUCCUGACUGUGAGCCACGCCACCACACAGCGAUAGUGGUACCAUACCGGAACCGGCAGACCCACCUUCGUGCCCUGCUCUAUCACCUCCACCCCUUCCUGCAACGACAGCAGAUCCACUACAGCAUCUACAUAGUACAGCAGUGGGGGAACAGUACCUUUAACCGGGCCAAGCUACUGAACGUUGGGGUGCGGGAGGCCCUCAGAGAUGAAGACUGGAGCUGCAUCUUCCUGCACGACGUUGACCUGCUGCCCGAGAACGACCACAACACCUACACCUGCCACAAACAGUCCCCCACACACCUAUCUGUGGCCAUGGACAAGUUCAGAUACAGGCUGCCGUACCCACAGUAUUUUGGUGGCGUGUCUGCACUGACCCCGGACCAAUACAUGAAGAUGAAUGGCUUCCCUAACCAGUACUGGGGCUGGGGCGGAGAGGACGAUGACAUCGCUGCUAGAGUACGACUAUCCGGCAUGAAGAUCAUGCGCCCCCCAGUGGCCAUUGGUCACUACAAGAUGAUCAAGCAUAAAGGAGACAGAGGCAAUGAACAGAAUCCACGCAGAUUUGACCUUCUGAAAAGGACCCGACUCAACUGGCGCUCAGACGGCCUCAACUCUCUGACCUAUGAGCUCCUUUCCAGAGAGCUGGAGCCGCUCUACACAAACCUCACUGUUGACAUUGGAGAAGACCCCCGCGUUCCCCUGGGCAAAGCCCCCAUCCUGGUGAAAGCAGCAUCGCCUCUUCACCAACGUAGCACCAGCAAGGGUGGGAGGACCACCAAACAGGAGAGCAAGAGGCCAGAGAGCAAAGCGGCAAACGCGACUGUGACAGAACCUGCCCAGUUAAAGGCAGCGAACCAGACAACACGGGAGAAGACCGGUGUGGUAAAAUAGGACGAGCUGUAUAAUAAAAGGGCUGCGUCUAAUCUGUAGCACAAUUGGCAGCCGCUUUCAGGAGAGCAGUGUAAAUGGGGUCUGUUGGGGGGGGCGAAUGGUGCGCUUUGGUUUCUCUGCCCCCCGCAGGUGAGGUAUAGUGAUGCGACGAAUCGAACGGACAAGCCGUCUUUGUUUUUCGGCGGUGCAUUCAGGAACACGGCAGAGCCGCCUCUCGGUUUAUCGCCCACUGAUUGCGGCUCUGGCUCUACUUACUGACACAAGUCGGGUGCUCGUGACUCAUUUGGGGCCAGAUGGAGAAUGGCAAAAGUUGUAUCCACGUUAGAGGUCCAAAACAAACGAAAGUAGACAGCAACGAUAUAAACCUUUGCUCUUUUCCAGAAAUUGCAAGUCGUAAGCAACCCAUCUGUUGCCAGCAGACCUGCAGCUUCAUCCAGUUUGUUCCCCAAAAACAGCUGCUGUCAGUCCGCCCCACUUGACGGUGGGUUUGUGUCUCUGUGCCUUCUCUCUCUUCUGCGCAUUUUAUAGACUGGUGUAUGCGCUUUUAGACACCGAGCUGGGGCUAGUUUUAUCUCUCCCGCCUCGCAGGCGAAUGUUCGAACACAAGGGGGGCUAAAGCUGAUCCUGGAUUGGGACAAAUGGUUUGUUUUAGGACUGCCACUUUUAUAUUUGUGCAUUGAUCAAGUGCUGACCAACUCAAAAGUUAACAGAUCAUUUUAGAGUUUAUAUCUAUGUAGAGAGACUUCAUUUGUUUUCCAAUUUGUUUUACUUGUCCUUCCUUACAGUCUGGUGCCUCUCUCUCUGAAAUUGAGUUCCUAGACAAUCAAAUAAGUGAAGAUACCUGUAUUCAACCACAUAACAAUGUGAGGAUAUAUAUUCAUUGUGAGAAUGUCGGAUAAGCAUAGACCUGGCAUGAUCGUUGUUGUCUAGUUUGACUUAUGCUUCUGAUAUUAUCUGUGAUUUUAUUAUUUUUCUUUUAGUCUUGUCAAAUAUGGAUAAGUCAAAUAGUGUAGGCAUGAGACUACACACCUGCCAGUCCCAGAUUGUAUUUUAAGUAUAAAAAAGGUCAUAGUAACACAAAGCACUGUCUAUAGAUCUAGGUGAGCUUUUAACUAGAAGUACUGACGUCUUUAAAGGGGGUCUCAGUAUAUAAAGAAAGGCCCUGGUGUAUCUAAAAGCUAUAAAUGAAUGUCUGCCUCUGUUUGUCUUUCACUUUUGUAUCUUAAAGGCAAGGAGACUAGAAAGACACAUGUUUGUUAGUGAGCUAACAAAUGUACUGUUAGUAAUUAAUGCUGACAGAUCAAUUAUCAUCAACUUUACGUCUCGCAGACAUUCAGUUUCUGUUUGCAUACCAUCCAUUUGGAAUGUAUUAUUUUGGGUUUCACUGUUUACUGUAGGGAGAGUUUAUCAGUUAACGUUGGUUUAUUAGUAGUAUUUCUUGCUGCUAUUUCAAUAUGGGAACUGUGUAAUUAAUCAGCUUGAAAAAUGGCAUCGUUACACACAUUGUUUCGUUUUGAGUGGAGUUUGUCACACUAACAAGUAAUGUAUUCCUUUUGCCAUCUUGAAUGUAUUUAAUUUAUUUAUUAAGGGACUGAAUGAGCUCAGGGCUGUGUUUCAGGGGUUGAAAUGAACUUCUCCACUCACUGCAGAUUAUUUUGCUUUUACACCACGUUUCUUUAUAUUGAUAUUGUGCCUCGUGAAAUGAGACCGUUACUGAAGGAUUGAAUUCAUACUGCUGGUUUAUAUAUGAGCAGCCUCUAGUGGCACGGGGUGGGAGUGUGCCAACCCAGAGGAACCAAGUACUGAAUGAAUCUGCAGUGUUGUGACAUGAAUACUAAUCAUUAAUGUUGGCCAUUCACAGGUUUCAGCCAAUCAAAUCUUUGCGUUGCUGUGUGUGUGUGUGUGUGUGUGGAUCUCUUUGCAUGGUAUCACAUGAUUGAUCCUGCAAGCUUAAAGGUGUAGAGACUGUAACUCUCUAUAUUUUACUGUUUAUGACAUAGUAUAAAAGGAAACUGUUUAUUUAUGAUACAAAAUUUCAUGUUAUUAACAAAACGUGCUGUAUGAACCAAUUGUUGAUCGUGAGAAUAUUUGGCUCAAUUUCUACAAUUUUUUUGUACUACAUAGUGGUUAAUUUGCAGUUUAAUAGAGAAUAUAUCCAUCAUAUAUCAUAUUGCCUGAGACAAUGCCUGUAUGACAUGAAGCAGUGACUCACUAAAAGCUUUUAAAGACGUUAUGUAAUCUCAGCAGAUUAAUCAGCAUACUGUGUGCUUACCUGGAGAUUGUUCUAUAUUUAAUAAAUAGGCUAGUUUUUAUAAAGGAUGUUUUCACAUCAAGUGUUAUAUACUGUGUUGAAUGCAAAUCCAGUAAAAUGAUUGGAACGCCACAAAAGCACUUUUUUUUCUGUUUUUGUCUUUAAACACAUUGGAGAAGUAUAAAUGUGAUUUCUGAGAACUACCUGAAUAGAAAAAGGGAAUGUUCAUUUAUUCUUGACAAAUGAGACCGAAUGAAUACGUCACUUAUAACAAAACAACAUAAUACUGUAUUUGCAUCAUACAAUAACUGCCUUCUACGUACUUUAUUGAUUCACCUUAUCUUUACUAUUAACAUAUUGUAAGUGUGUGUGUCUCUCUGUGUGUUUGAGUGUGCUUGUGUAGCGCGCAAGGUCAUCAAAAAAUGCAAACUAUACUAUAUGAUGGACAGUGUUGUGACAAAACGCAAAUACACACCAAUAAAUACAAUUGAAUAAAUGUGGA